AUGGUAACCAGGUUAAUAAGCUCAACUGCAAAACAACAACGAUUUGAAAAUAUAAGAAGUUCUUCAUAUGCUGUAAUUAAAGUAGGUCUCGAGGAAAGAAUCUGUACACUCAAGUUAUUAUAG